AUGGGAGCCCAACCACAGGAGGCUCAGGAGCCUUGCUCCAGAGUCCAGACUCUGUUUAAGACGGUCAAGGCCUUACUCAGCAAAGCCCACACACCCCCACCCCCUCCCCGCCCCCGAAACCCGGGCUGUACACACGUGUAUGGGUACGUGUUUGGGCACGUGCGUGAAAGUGAACUGGAACACCUCCCCACUCAGCAGGUGCUGGACACGGGGGAGCAGCUGAUGGUCCCCGUGGAUGUCCUGGAAGUGGAUAACGAGGGAGCCUUGUGGAAGUUUCUCCUCUCAGGAGCCAUGGCUGGGGCGGUGUCUCGCACUGGCACGGCCCCUCUGGACCGUGCCAAGGUGUACAUGCAGGUGUACUCCACCAAGACGAAUUUCAUGAACCUGCUGGGAGGUCUACGGAGCAUGGUCCAGGAGGGGGGCUUCCGCUCACUCUGGAGGGGCAAUGGUAUCAACGUACUCAAGAUUGCGCCAGAGUAUGCCAUCAAGUUCUCAGUCUUUGAACAGUGUAAGAACUACUUCUGCGGAGUGCACGGAUCCCCACCUUUUCAGGAACGGCUCCUUGCUGGCUCCCUGGCUGUGGCCACUUCCCAGACGCUCAUCAACCCCAUGGAGGUGCUGAAGACGCGGCUGACCUUGCGUCAGACUGGCCAGUAUGAGGGGCUACUGGACUGCGCCAGGCAGAUUCUGCAGCAGGAGGGCACCCGCGCCCUUUACCGUGGCUACCUGCCCAACAUGCUCGGCAUCAUCCCCUAUGCCUGCACCGACCUGGCUGUCUACGAGAUGCUCAGGUGCCUUUGGCUGAAGUCAGGUAGGGACAUGGAGGACCCUAGUGGCCUGGUCAGCCUGUCAUCCGUGACCCUGUCCACGACCUGUGGCCAGAUGGCCAGUUAUCCACUGACAUUGGUACGCACCAGGAUGCAAGCCCAAGACACUGCGGAGGGUACGAACCCCACCAUGUGUGGAGUCUUCCAGAGGAUUCUGGCCCAGCAGGGUUGGCCAGGGCUGUACCGAGGCAUGACCCCCACAUUGCUGAAGGUGUUGCCAGCAGGUGGUAUCAGCUACGUGGUAUACGAAGCCAUGAAGAAGACCCUGGAUGUGUAAGCAGUGAGCUAGGCAACAUGCCCUGGGCAGAAAUGGACAGGAGGAUCCAAUGUCCCCAAAGGCUCCAAAGAGUCCUUCCUCCAGGCUUGGGACUCAGGGCAUUUUUUGUCAGAAGUAGGCUCGGGGCCUGGGUCAGAAGAUUCCUGGGGCCUCCUCCCCAGGGUGCAGCCUGGGACUAAUCUGGAGUCCACUUUGUCUGGUUGUUACUUGUUCUGCUUCCAAGGCAAAAGGGUGAAUGUAGAGACAACCAGGAAUAAAGAGAUGGUUUCUGCUGUU